AUGCGGGGCUGCAGGUCCAGGCUGGUUUGGCUGCUGGUGCUGUCGCUGGCCUGGCUGGGCCCGGCGCUGGGGGACGAGGAGAAGGAUGGGGAGGUGGUGGCAGAGGAGGAAAAGGAGAAGGAAGAGGAUGAAGUGCUCUCAGAUGAGAUCAAGGAGGAGGACAAUGUCCUGGUGCUCCAUGAGCGCAACUUUGCCCGUGCCUUGAGCGAGCACCAGCUGCUGCUGGUGGAGUUCUAUGCACCAUGGUGUGGGCACUGCCAGCAGUUGGCCCCUGCCUACACCCAGGCGGCCACCGAGCUGAGGAAUGAGUCCAGCCCGGCACGGCUGGGCAAGGUGGAUGCCACGGCACAGACAGCCCUGGCCAACGAGUUCAACAUCACCUCCUACCCCACGCUCAAGCUCUUCCGCAAUGGCAACCGCACCCACCCCCUCCCCUACACCGGACUCUUGGACACGCGGGGCAUCGUGCGCUGGGUGCAGCGCCGGGCCGGCCCCAGUGCCACACUGCUGUACGACACUGACACCGCCAACGCCUUCGCCAGCUCCCAGGACUUGGUGGUCAUUGGCUUCUUCAAGGACCUGAAGGGCCAGGCAGCCCAGGCGUUCUACGAUGUGGCUGCUGAGAUGGUGGACAUGCCCUUUGGUGUGGCGGAGGCAGCUGAGCUCUUCCAGGCCUACCGGCUGUCGGACGACACCGUCUGUCUCUUCAAGAAGUUUGAUGAGAGACAGACAAACUUCCCCGUGGACCCGGCGCGGGGGCUGGACACAGAUGAGCUCACCCGGCUGCUCCGCAUCCACAGCCUGAGGCUGGUGACCGAGUUCAACAAUGAGACAUCCAACCAGAUCUUUGGUGCCAAGAUCCCCCAUCACAUGCUGCUCUUCCUCAACAAGUCAUCAUCGGAGCAGCUGUCCCUGCAGGACGGCUUCAAGGCAGCCGCCAGCACCUUCCGGGGCGAGGUGCUCUUCGUGGUGGUGGAUGUGAACGGGUACGGCGCCGACGUCCUGUCCUUCUUCGGCAUGACCCCCGCCGACGCCCCCACCCUGCGCCUGGUCAAGAUGGAGAACAACCGCAAGUACCAGAUGGAGCAGGACUCCUUCUCGGACACGGCCAUCCGCACCUUCAUCCAGGCGGUGCUGGACGGCAAGGUGAAGCCCCACCUGCUGAGCGCGGAGCCCCCCGAGGACUGGGACACGCGGCCUGUCAAAGUCCUGGUGGGGAAGACCUUCGAGCAGGUGGCGUUCGAUGAGACCAAGAACGUCUUUGUCAAGUUCUACGCUCCGUGGUGCUCCCACUGCCAGGCCAUGGCACCCGCCUGGGAGGAGUUGGGCGAGCGCUACAAGGACCACGAGGACAUCGUCAUCGCCGAGAUGGACGCCACGGCCAACGAGCUGGAGAACAUCACCAUCCACGGCUUCCCCACCCUGCACUACUUCCCUGCAGGGCCGGGCAGGAAGAUGGUUGAGUACAAGAGCGCCCGAGAUGUGGAAACUUUCUCCAAGUUCCUGGAAAAUGGGGGGGUGCUGCCUGUGGAGCCUCCUGUGGUGACCAAGACCCCUGGGAACAGCACAGGCAAGGAGGAUCCAAGUGUGCUGGGGACAGAUGAAACCCGGGAUGAGCUGUGA